CCCUCCGGACAGAGCGAGUCAGUGACGGAAGAAGAAAAUGGAGGCGGCAGUGUUCAUUCUGUCGCUCGUUGACUGCUGUGCCCUGAUUUUCCUCUCGGUUUACUUUAUUAUCACCCUGUCUGAUCUAGAAUGUGACUACAUCAACGCCAGAGCCUGCUGUUCCAAGCUGAACAAAUGGGUAAUUCCAGAGAUGGUUAGCCAGUGUCUCUCCACGAUGCUGAUGUUGGUGUCCAUGCACUGGUUCAUCUUCCUCCUCAACCUGCCUGUAGCUGCCUGGAACAUUUACAGGCACGUGAAGGUUCCGAUGGGAAACAUGGGCGUGUUUGACCCCACUGAGAUCCACAACCGAGGUCAGCUCAAGUCCCACAUGAAGGAGGCCAUGAUCAAACUGGGUUACCACCUGCUCUGCUUCUUCAUUUAUCUGUACAGCAUGAUCUUGGCUCUGAUCAACGACUGAAGCACUCGGCGAGCUCUCAGAUUCCAAAGCCGUCAAAUUCCAAAAGUCAGGUUUUUCUGUGUUGCCCCUCACAUCCUCCACUGAAUGCAUCAACUGUUCCAGAAAGUUUACAGUAUCUGCGGUUGCACUGAGGCUCAUGCUGUCAUCUGUGUUGUCACAAUCCCAGUGUCUUCACUUUGAAAUAAUAAUAAGUUGAUAUUUAUUCAUUUAACUCUUCAGUGCCGUCAUGACACAAUUCUGCCAUUAGGGACUUAACUCAUCCUUCAGCUUUUAUUUGCAGCAGUGAAUCAUGUCAACAGAAACAGCAACAUUGAUUAACAAGUUAAUGUAACUAUUGAUUUUCCAUUUCACAAAAUUCAGUUUUUGGUUUUGAGGACUCUGAAAGAUUGUUUAGCUUCUGCAUUUGUCUUUGUGUUGUGUAUGUAGUUGUCGGUCUUAUCCAAUGCUGUUGUUCCUCCUCCAUUUCUCUAAACUCCUCCAGUUCCAACAUUGUCCCACUUCACGAUAACACACCAGAUUUGAAGCUUGUCCCAAAGUUCUGAGGUUUCUCAAAAAUCCUCGGUUUAUGUGAACACUGAGGUGUUGUGAAAACUGUGAUUGUGACAACACUGAUCCUAUUCUUUGCCUUUUCAUGAUCUCCAGCAUCACACUCCAUCACUGACCACCAACACAACACUGUUCUCCCCACAGACACACACACACACACUCACUCACUCACUCACUCACACUCAUCUCUGGGCAGAGUGAAAGACAAUCACCCUAACCAGGCGCUCAUCUUGUGUUGUAUCUGAAAAAUGUCACAUCUCGGCUGAAUGCUGUCUGAACUGAGCAGUCGAGCGUUUUUGCCAACAGUUAAGUAUCGUUACUAUGUGAGUGGCAGUUUGGAUUCGACUUCAGUCACGCACUGAUGCAGUAUUUACUGAACAACUUUUAUACUGACAAUGUGACACUGGGUGAGCAGGCGUCUCACUCGGAUGGUGGACGUGUGCUCUCCUCUUCAUUUGGUCCAGUGUGUUGGAGCAGUCAGGACUCUUCUCAGCUAUGAGAGGCUGUUGUGUGAGCUACUUGUGCAGGGAUCCUGGAGAACUGCAGUACAAUGACUUCAUGUCUCAUUAAUGUGUUUUUGGGAGGGAAAUGUGUUUCAUAAAUAAACAUGAAAGACAA